AUGAUGGACUACCUUGAGUAUAAUAUGAGAAAGAUAGCUUUUGAGAAUAUUUAAUUCUGCUCUGAAAAAUGCAAUAUCUUCUCUAAUCUUAAAGAUAAAUAAAAUCAAACUCUUGCAGAAGAGAGGGAUGAAUUUUCAUGUUUUGAAAAAUGUAUUGGAAAAUUCACUGAUAGUUAUGAGCAUGCUAUUGAUUUAGCAGGUGGUCAGUUGAAGAAAAUAAAUAAAGAUAAUGUAUACACUCAUAAAGAGGACUCAGAGUAGAAAUUCCUAAUGGGAGAUGGUGUAAUAUAUGAUUUGACAAAGAAUGGGAAGUUGAUUAGCAAUCUUAUUGAAAAUAGUGGGAAGUAUGUGAAUGAGCUAGGAAAUUACCUAGAUUGCAUUUAACAGCCUGAGAAUACUUACUAUUUACAACUUAUACAACCUUAGGGACCAAAUGCAUAAGAUCAACCUAAUUAUGUAGUCGGUAAUUGUAUAGCCUAAGAGUGUGAUACUGAUUUCUUAAGCUUUUACGAUUCCUUGGUAUACCCUGCUCCAUUAAUAGAGUUGAUACAGCAAAGCAAAAACUACUCAAAGCCUGAUGAUCUAUACUAAUAGAUGCAAGACUAAUUCAGGCCCGGAUUUAUUGUAAUGAUGAGUCUUUUAACAAUGACAUUUUUAUUGUGUAUACUUGGAACAGUAGUUUAAUACACAAACUUUGGAAACCUAACUCUUAGCUUAAAUGGAUAAGUUGCUCUUAAACUGAAAGAAAAUUUGGGCAAUAUUUUUCCUUUGCUUUUCAAUCCCAAGAAAUAUGAUGAUUCUAUUCUACGAUACGGAGAAUAAGCAUAAAGAUUUAUAUGGGUAUGCUUUGAUACUGUUUACUAUAUAUCUCUAAAUUCAUAUCCAACCAAUUAUGAUGAGUAUCCUUAUCUUACGACUAACUACACAAGUACACUCAUGAUGCAAGGAGCUAUCUUUGGAUUCAGCCUAGUAUAUUUUUACUCCGGAUUUGCAACAAUGUAUAGUGUCCUCUAAUCAAUCUAUUUAAAGGAACACAGUUUUAGCAUCCUACUUUUUAUUCUAAGAACAUAUAUAUUUUAUGCUAUUCCAGCUGCUUUCUGUACUGCUAUUACUGUCGCAAUAUUUCCAUAUAUUGGUACUGGGCCUCUUUAUCCUACGUUGUUGAAAUCUUUCCUGCUUGAUAAUUGUGUCCAAUACUGGUGGACAAAUAUAUUGUUGAUAAGCAAUUUUUACCCCUAAAACUUUUCUGAUCAAUGUGUAGGACAUUUGACGUAUAUAUCUAAUGAAUUCUAGCUUUUGAUAGUUUUGAUACCAAUGUUUGUAGUUAUUUAUAAGCAUGCUUUUAGAAAAGUAUUAAUAGGCAGCUUUAUUUUCGUUGCGAUUUUUGGAAGUCUUAUUCCUACUAUAGUCAUGACUUAUAAAUAUGAAAUUAAUUCCUAUCCUGGUUACUUAAGUUAAGGCUACAAUUAUAUGUUUAUGAAGGUUUACUACAGGAUACCGCCAUUUUUGUUUGGCAUUCUUAUUGGAAUAAUAAAGUUUGAGUAUAAAUAUGUCGGAACUCUCAACGAUGGUAGCAAACCAUUUCAUAAAUCGUUGAUAGAUAGAUUUAAGAAAAAGAGAGAAAACAAAAUAAUUGCAUAUAUAUGUGGGAUUUCUCUUUGUCUAUUUAUUUUGCUGAUAAUGAUAACUAAUACAUAAUGUGCAAAUUAGGAUUUAGCUCCUAAAGAUAAAUAUGCUACAAUAAAUCUAUGCUGGGGAACUACAACUAGCGCAAUAUAUAAUGGCUUAGCCUAAUACAUAUAUUUCUUGGGUUUGAGCUGUAUCCUACUACCGAGUAUGGCAAAUUGCUCCAACAUAUUAAGACCACUUCUAGACUCUCAUUUCUGGCAUGUAUUGGAGGAGUUAACUUUUUCAGCAUAUAUCCUUCACUUUCUUGUGAUAACUUGGUACUUUGCUUCUAGACAGCAGGAUAUUUUGCUUUCAGUUGGAUUAAUCUUUACUACUACUCUUUCAUCUUUCAUAUUUUCUUAUAUAAUGAGUAUUCCAUUCUAUUUGCUGGUUGAGAGGCCAUUCAAGAACUUCUUAGAUUUAAUUUUAUUCCCUAAAAGUACUAUAUUCAAAAAACAGAAAGAUAUUGAAGAUGAGGAGACUGAGGAUGAAUCAGAAUACUCAAUGAAAUCAGUUGACAGAGAAGGGGCUCUUGAUAAAAUGCUCAUAGAAUCACAAGCAUCUAGUAACAAAGAUUAAUCAACAAUAAUCAGCCAAGCCAAGGAGAAGAGCAUAUUGAGUGUAUAUACAGAGAAGAUAAGUCUAAGGAACUUAAAAGGAAAUGAGAACGUGAAGUUCCUUUGCAAAUAUUGCAAAUCUGAAGACUUAUACUCUAAUUGCAAGUGCUUAUGUGCUGUAAAAGUAAUAAGAUGUGAAUGUCCUGAGAAUUAAUCUAAUUCUCCUCCUCUUUAGACUAAAUUUGAUAUAAAUAGAACUCUAAACACAAGCAUCACGAAUAGCUAUUAAGUUUAAACCUUCAUAGGGCAUAGCAAUUAGACUUCAAAGAAGAAUAGCGAUAAAAGUAAUGACGAUAUUCAAGGCAGUCAAUUACUUGCUGAUGAAAUCAACAGAAUUUCUAAAGAUGACAGCAAGAAAAAUAACUUCAAAAUGACUGUUGAAAAUAUUGAUAGUGUGGUGGAGAGCAGAAGUUCUCUCAAGAGAACAAGUAGGUAUCAAAGAAGUGGAGAAUUAAGCAAUAAGAGGGUUAGCUUUGACGUUAACAAUUUGAAAUGA